UUGACUUUAUCAUUUCACUUUCAGUAUUAUUUUUAAAAAUGUUGGAUUUAGCUAAUAGGUUUUUAGGUGUUAUAAUUUCUAAGGCCUUAGGAGAACAGCAACCGAUAAAAGAUAGUAAACAAUUUUUAUUUCAUUCUGUGGCAGUUGCGCAUCAUUUAUAUGUUGCAUGGUACAGUUGUACUCAAGUAGAUUUGAAGGAUGUGACUGAGCCAAAAAUAAUAAUUAUGGUUAAAUACGCCCCAGCUUAUUUCACAACUUGGAAUUUUGCGCUACAAUUAUGCUAUUUCACCUUGUCAGCGUGGUGUGACUUACAGAAUGCAUUACCAACAAAACACGAACGACUGAGUGACAUCUUAAAAAUAAAAAGUUACAUUUAUACAACAUUCGUCUUUGCAUCUGGAAUAUUUGUUACCACUUUAUUUUGGGGACUAUACCAUACAGACAGCGAGUAUAUCUUCCCCCAGGUCUGCCAAAAUUUUUUCCCUGCAAUGCUAAAUCACUCAGUACAUACAGUAAUUUUUGUAUUUUUGGUGAUAGAAGCCCUUUACGUAGACCAUCCAUGGUAUGAUUUAAAGUUAUCAGUUGCCUCGUUCACCAUAUAUUUUAUUAUCUACCACGUAGUGUACUUUGGUGUAUGUGCCCAGUUGGGUUACUAUAUUUAUCCAUUUUUUAAUCUUAUGUCAGCAACAGGAGUGGCUACCUUCAUCUUUUCCUACUAUGUGUGGCUUAUAAUCUUAAUUGUAAUUGGCAUUGAAAUAGAAAAAUGGAAAGAAAACAAAAGGAAAUCAAUUUUCAAAAAAUAUUAAUAAAAUGUUCGUAACAAACACUGUCAAAUAUUGUAAUAAUACUCAACUAUAAUUUUCCAUACAAAAAAUUGUUGAAAUAAUCAAAAUAUAAGUAC